AUGGCUUUGUUACGAAAAAUUAAUCAGGUGCUGCUGUUCCUUCUGAUUGUGACCCUCUGUGGGAUUCUGUAUAAGAAAGUUCACAAGGGGACUGUGCUCAAGAAGGAAGCAGAUGAUGACUCCGGGACUCCCGAGGAACUGGACGACGAGAUCCCUGUGGUGAUCUGCGCAGCAGCAGGGAGGAUGGGGGCUGCGAUGGCCGCCAUCAACAGCAUCUACAGCAAUACGGACGCCAACAUUUUGUUCUAUGUAGUUGGGCUCCGGAACACUCUGUCUCGAAUACGAAAAUGGAUCGAACAUUCUAAGUUGAGAGAAAUAAACUUCAAAGUCGUGGAAUUCAACCCUAUGGUCCUCAAAGGGAAGAUCCGACCAGACUCGGCGAGGCCGGAGCUGCUCCAGCCUCUGAACUUCGUUCGGUUCUAUCUCCCUCUGCUGAUCCACCAACACGAGAAAGUCAUCUAUUUGGACGACGAUGUCAUUGUCCAAGGUGACAUCCAGGAGCUGUACGACACCACCUUGGCCCUGGGCCACGCUGCCGCCUUUUCUGAUGACUGCGAUUUGCCCUCGCUCCAGGACAGGCACAGGCUCGUGGGGCUGCAGAACACCUACAUGGGCUUCCUGGACUACAGGAAGCAGGCCAUAAAAGACCUCGGCAUCAGCCCCAGCACCUGCUCCUUCAACCCGGGCGUGAUUGUCGCCAACAUGACGGAAUGGAAGCACCAGCACAUCACCAGACAGCUGGAGAGGUGGAUGCAGAAAAAUGUGGAGGAAAAUCUCUACAGCAGUUCCCUGGGGGGAGAGGUGGCCACGUCCCCAAUGCUGAUUGUGUUCCAUGGCAAAUACUCCACCAUCAACCCGCUGUGGCACAUACGACACCUGGGCUGGAGUCCAGAUACCAGAUAUUCAGAGCAUUUUCUGCAAGAAGCCAAACUACUCCACUGGAAUGGAAGACAUAAACCGUGGGACUUCCCCAGCGUUCACAAUGACUUAUGGGACAGCUGGUUUGUUCCUGACCCUGCAGGGAUAUUUAAACUCAGAAACCAAAACAGCUGA